CUCUCUUAUCUUCUCUUAAAUCCCAUAUUUUCCCCAGAUUAUUUUCUUUUCUUUUCCUUCCCUCUUUUCUCAGGAAAGAACGAGAAAGGAAACUUGUUUAAGGUAUACCCAGAUCUUGUUCACUUCUUGGCUUCAGUUUGUCUCAAGGUUUUGAACAAUGGGUUCCUCUUGAAUUUCUGAAACAAGGGGAAAUAUUUGGUUUGGAGAGUGAUUUCAAUCAAAAGAUCCAAGCUUUAGUGAAAGAAAAAGAAAAUGAAAAUCCAGUGUGAUGUUUGUGAAAGAGCACAAGCAACAGUGAUAUGUUGUGCAGAUGAGGCUGCACUUUGUGCUAAAUGUGACGUUGAAGUUCAUGCAGCUAACAAGCUUGCAAGCAAGCACCAAAGGCUUCUCCUUCAGUGCCCUUCCGACAAGCUUCCUCCUUGUGAUAUUUGCCAGGACAAAGCAGCUUUCAUCUUUUGUGUUGAAGAUAGAGCCCUUUUCUGCCGUGAUUGCGACGAAUCGAUCCAUCCUGCCGGUAGCCUUGCCGCGAACCACCAAAGGUUCCUCGCCACCGGAAUCCGAGUCGCCUUGAGUUCGAGUUGCAAUAAUAAGACUGAAAACAAUGUGUUGGAGCCACCCACCAAGAGUGCACCUCAGACUUCAAUGAAAACGCCACAACAUCAGCACUCAAGCUUUGCUUCCCAAUGGGCUGUUGAUGAUCUGUUGGAACUCUCGGACAUUCAAUCUCUAAACAAGAAAGAGCAGUCUGAGCUUGGAGAGCUCGAAUGGCUAGCGGACAUUGGUCUUUUCGGUGAUCAAUUGCCUCAGGAGGCUUUAGCACCGGCCGAGGUCCCUCAACUUCCCAUACCGCAGUCGAACAACACUAACUUGUACCGACCGACCAAGUAUUCCAUGCCUCUUAAGAAGCCUAGAAUCGAGAUCCCAGACGAUGACGACGAGUACUUCACGGUCCCUGAUCUAGGAUGAGAUUGUAUGUGAUUUGAUCAAAUUAUAUGUUUAUAGUUUCAUAUGUACGCAUACCUAAGCCCGUAUGCAUCUCGUCUUGCUUUCCGAUUAUGUUGCCUUCAUUUUUCUUUA